CAGCGCCGGAAGGGGCGGGCGGCAGCCGCCGGCUCUGGGGCAGCCGGAGCCAUGGUCAACCUGGGGCUGCGGCGGGUGGACGACAGCGUGGCCGCCAAGCACCCGGCGCUGCAGCAGUACGCGGCCUGCCAGUCCCACGCCUUCGUGAAGGGCAUCGGCACGUUCGUGGCAGCGAGCGGAGCCGCCUUCGCCGUGCAGAGGCUGGUGAGCAGCAAGGUGCCGCACAGCCUGCAGUGGAGCCUGCUGCUGGCCACCGCUGCAGGGUCUGUUGCCAGCUACGUUGUAACCAGAGCUGAGACUCAGAAGUGCUCCGACUUCUGGAUUUACCUGGAGACGGGCAAGUCCCCACAGGAGCUCGCCAUGGCUGGUAGGGUGUCUCAGCCCUCAGAAGAUCUGCCCAGGCCAGAGGACAGUGAGAGCACGGCACUGCCAGCGAGGAGGAACAAGUAUGGGGACGUCGUGGAGUAGCUGCUGUGCCCAUGUCCCCCCUUCCUGCCUGCCCAGCCCCACUGCCCGUGAGUGGGGGGCUCUGGGGCACUGCCCUGAGCCUGGAGAGGUGACACACGGUGGUCAGGGCACUGCGGGGACUGGGGCCUCUGAACAUCACACCCAGGGCUACAAUAAAAGUCCAGAGCUGGAA